UGUAGCUCUCCUUGUAUGUCAAAGCAUGUCUAAUUGCAUUUUGCUCUGUAGGUUAUACGAACUUGACUGAGGAUAACCAUUUUGUUUACACGAACGAACUCGCUAUUCUUGAUAUGUCGACCUCACCUUGGAAAUGGGUAACUCAAUUUACCCCAACAGCAACACAAACCAUUGCACCUGUCCCAGCGUGUGCUCUCAGCUUCCCAUCUACCAACGUCGGCACAGGCGGAAACCCUGUUCCUGCACUCCCUCCCAUUAUUUAUAACGAAGGUAGCUCCUCAGAUGCCAAGAAGUUGGGUUUUAGUAUCUCAUUUUCGACCGUUGCCUUCCUGGCAAUUGUUGGAGCCGGUAUAUGGUACUUUUACAGAAGAAGAAAGCGCACAAAGGCCAGCACUCCAUAUUGGUUGCCUGGAAUGGGAAACGACAACACCAGCACUGGUCACGAACUAGGCGUUUAUCCUCCCGCAAACCAUAGUCGAACAACCGAUUACCCUAUGUUUGUGUAUGAUCCUGAAGGCGAAAAGAACAAGAAGAAGGGAGAGAUCGCUUUGCAUGAGGGCGAGCCGGAAUCACGCACCUAUGCCGCAUCAGACCAACAAGAUUGGCGGGCAAAGGAAGAAGAGAUUCGUCCAUCAGAUGGUCGUCCGCUGCCAAAGCACUCCACAUUGUGGAAUAAGGUCCGUGGCCUUGGUGACAGCUCAACGGACCAUGAUGAUCAAGCUGGAUUGAUCAAGGGCGCGGACAAGAAUGGAUGGACGAGACUCGAGGACUACGAUGAGGAUUAAGUAUUUCUAUUUCUAAAUGUCUAACGCAUACCCAUCAUAUUGCAUAAAAUUGUACUGUAUUCUCCUGCAACGGCAGACUGUCAAUAUACACCUGUCAUUGCUUACCUAUGGCAGUUAUUUAAUUUAUUGUGUGGAAUUCUUGC